AUGGACAAGUAUAUUAGUAUUAAAGAUUUGGAGGAAGCGGCUUUUGCGAUCCUUCCAAAAGCCGCGAAGGAUUAUUAUAAAAGUGGUGCAACAGAUGAAUUUACCUUGGGGGAGAAUAAAAGGGCAUUUCAAAGACUGCGAAUUCGACCAAAAUGCCUCAUGGGUAUAACAUAUUUCGACCUCCAAACCACAGUAUUGGGGGAAACAGUAUCUAUGCCGGUCGGGAUUUCCCCUACCGCCAUGCAAAGAAUGGCUCACCCAGACGGUGAAACAGCUAAUGUUAAAGCUGCACAAGCUGAAGGUGUAAUUUAUACUUUAAGUACAAUAUCGACGAGUUCUAUAGAAGAAGUAGCAGAGGCUGCCCCAAAAGCAAUAAAAUGGUUUCAACUGUAUAUUUAUAAUGACAGAGAGGUAACAAGAAGGCUUGUAAUGAGAGCUGAAAAGGCCGGGUUUAAAGCGAUCGCUCUAACCGUCGACACACCAAUAUUCGGCUUAAGACGAGCCGAUGUAAGAAAUAAAUUCACACUACCACGUCAUUUAAAAUUGGCAAAUUUCGAUGGUCACUUAUCAACGAAAAUCCAUAGCACGGGCGAAGGCAGCGGGUUAAAUAAUUAUGUCAAUAAUUUAUUCGACAAAUCCCUGACUUGGGAGGAAGUGACAUGGCUAAAAAGCAUCACCAAAUUACCUAUUGUUGCCAAAGGAAUUCUACGCGGUGAUGACGCCAUAAAAGCAGUUAAAGCUGGAUGCUCCGGUAUCCUGGUGUCCAAUCAUGGAGCUAGGCAACUAGAUGGUGUAGCCGCCACGAUUGAAGCUCUACCCGAAGUUGUAGAGGCCGUUAAAAACUACAAUGUUGAAGUUUACUUAGAUGGUGGAGUAUCUAAUGGUAGCGAUGUUUAUAAAGCACUGGCUUUAGGCGCAAGAAUGGUGUUUGUCGGUAGACCCGCACUGUGGGGUCUAGCUGUCGGAGGAGAAGAUGGAGUUAGAAGAAUGCUUGGAAUUUUUAGAAAUGAAUUAGAAUAUACGUUGCAAAUCGCAGGUACACCUACAGUAGCUGACAUUACUCGUGAUAUGAUCCGCCAUGAAUCGGAAUACAGUAAACUUUGA